CCGGGCCGGUGCAGCCGCGGGGCCCCCCCCGCCCCGCCGGGCGCCCGCCGCGCGUCGUGGACCUGCGGAGCGACACGGUGACCCGGCCCUGCGUGGGGAUGCGCCGCGCCAUGGCCCGCGCCGCCGUGGGCGACGACGACUACGGGGAGGACCCGACGGUCAACGAGCUGCAGCGCCGGGCCGCAGGGAUGCUGGGGAUGGAGGAGGCUCUUUUCGUGCCCACGGCCACGAUGGCGAACCUCAUCGCCGUGAUGUGCCACUGCCAGCGUAGGGGGGCUCAGCUGAUCCUGGGCCAGGACGCCCACCUGCACCUCUAUGAGCACGGCGGGGCUGCGCAGGUCGCCGGCGUCCACUCCCAGGCGCUGCCGGACCUGCCAGACGGCACCUUCGACCUGGGGCGGCUGGAGCUGACCAUCCGCGAGGCCCACGGCAGCCGGUACCACCCGCGCCCCGAGCUGCUCUGCCUGGAGAACACUCACAGCGCCGCGGGGGGCCGGGCGCUGCCCCUCGCCUACCUCCAGCAGGUCCGUGGGCUUGCCAGCCGCUACGGGCUGCGGGUGCACAUGGACGGAGCCCGGCUGAUGAACGCGGCGGUGGCCCAGGACGUGGAGCCGGCUCAGAUCGCCCAGCACUGCGACUCUGUGUCCCUGUGCUUCUCCAAGGGCCUGGGCGCUCCGGCCGGCGCGGUGCUGGCUGGGCGCAGGGGGUUUGUCGGCGAGGCCUGGCGUGCACGGAAGCUGCUGGGCGGGGGGAUGCGGCAGGCGGGCGUGCUGGCGGCCGCUGCCCGCGUGGGACUGGAGCGCGCGGAGGCCACGCUGCGCAGAGACCACGACAACGCCCGGCGCUUUGCUGAAGGCAUCCAGGAGCUGAACUCGCCCGUCUGCUCUGUCAACCUCGCGGCGGUGGAGACGAACAUCGUGAUGGUGAGUGUUGCGGGGGGCUGGCUGUCCCCCGCAGAGCUCUGUGAGCACAUGCGGGCAGUGAGCGAGGAGGAGUUGGCUGAGACCGGCCAGGCUGUCAGCGUCCUGCUGUUCCCCUGGUCGGAACACGCCGUCCGCGCAGUGUGGCACCGUGAUGUCUCGGCCCGCGACACCGAGCUCGCGAAGAACAAGCUGGAAUUUGUGGCCAGGAAGUGCCAGGAGAAGCUGGCCCAGGGACUGCAUCCGGCACCCCCGAGCGCCGGGGGAGCCUGAGCAUCCUCCCAGCCCCAGCCCGGGGUGCUGCAGGCAGGCUGGCAGGCAGCAGCAAAGGGGCUGGGACCAGCCACAGCAUGCUCCAGGCAUAUUCUCAACC